CGUCGUGACGUCAGAAUAAACACAUUUUGAAUCCAGCGCCAUGAAUAAAGACAGUCCGUUUGCUAUUCCACCGCCCCGUAAAGGGGACCCAGAGAUACCGGAUGAGUGGCGGUUGUAUCUGCUUGAUACCCGUAUUCGGACUUUUAGCAACUGGCCGUUCACCGACGGAUGCACGUGCACACCGGAGCGGAUGGCUGCUGCAGGCUUCAUUCACUGCCCCACAACAAACAGCCCAGAUGUUGCUCAGUGUUUCUUUUGUCUGAAAGAACUGGAAGGUUGGGAGCCUGAGGAUGAUCCUAUGGAGGAACACAAGAAACACUCCUCAGCAUGUUGUUUUCUCAGCCUUAAGAAGAAAGUAGAAGAUCUGACAUUGAGUGAAUUUCUUAAACUGGACAAGGAGAGAGCCAAAUGUAAGAUGCAAAAGAAAAUGAACCAGCAGAUUGAAGUAUUCCAGGCAGCAGCAAAGGCCGUACGGGAUAACUUGGAGAAGCUGUAUGCAGACGUUGACUGAGUGUUUAUUUGGGCUGUUUAUUUUUGUAUAUAUGUGUUUGUUUAGGUUGAAUAUAUUUUAAUGUGGUCGUUGCGGGUGUUGUUGGUACCUGCUUGUACAAAGGUUGUGCAAUUUCUUUUUCUUUCCCUUUUUUUUUUUUUUUUUUUUUGUAUUUAAGAUUUCUACUUUAUUCUUUUAAGUAAAAUAAAUGGCUUGUUCUUGUUUUAAA